CUUAUCUUGAUCCAACUUAACCCAUACGGUAUCUUUCUGGCCCAAUUUGCAUCCUUAUGUCUAGCAAGUAGCCAUGAAACCCAGGUUCUUUGUUAUCGCACGCGUUGUCGGGCGAGAUGGGGCUAUUGAUCUUUGGAAAGACCGCCUUGUUGAAUUAUGCAAAGUGUCGGCUACAGAGCCAUACGGCGACUCGUACUACUGGGGUCAAGAUGCCGAUGGUGAGCCCGACACGCUCUGGGGUCUAGAAGGAUACACGCACCCAAUUGGAUUCUUCAUCGACCAUGUUUCAUCAGACAUUUUCAAAAGAGAGAUGGCACUUGUUGACAAGGAAAGACUUCUAAGAACGGCCCAAGGCCUGGAUAGCCCGGACUACGACCUCCAUCAUUACGAUGAGUACGGAGGUUUUCUUAAGAGAGCUGAUGAUGUCGAAAGAGAUUCUGUGCGGAGCUUCGUGGUAGUAAAGCACUAUUGGGCUACGAGCGAGACUCUCAGAACCGAGAUGCUAGACUCACUAAAACAAUUCGCUGAAAGAUUGUCUUCUCGCCCUCCUCAGGUUCAGAGUGCGCUGGUGCUGAAGGAAUGUCGGGAUACGAACAUGGCAACGCUGUGGCUGAGGUUUGCAUCGGAGGAAGACUGGAAUUCGUUGGAGCGAUCGGAUUGAAUGCAAGAGCUUGUUGAGAGUGUAAAGACGAACUGCGUUCGUAGUGAAACACAUCGGUCUCGGGCUUUUAACGGUCAUUUGGGGAUAAAAGAUUAGAUCAUGUAGCAGGGCAUGCUGAUAUGAAUUGUUAUUUGUCCGAGCUCUUCUAUUC